UUUAUUUUUAUUUUUUGUCAUUGACACUUUUUAUACGCAAAAAACUGGUUUUAAUUAAACCAAUAAUUAGAAAAAAAAAAUUAAAUAACAACGUAAUAAAAUCAAUCACGUGUUGAUAAAUUUUUCUUUGUGAAAAUAUUUUAUAAACAUUUAUUUUGUAGUAUAAUAUUAUUCGUGAAUUCAAACAGUUCAUGUAAACAAUAGCCACGUGCUAUUUUUUAAAAAACACGUCACCCUCAAUGCAAUGUAAAAAUUAUUAUAAAUUUUUUAAUGUCAAUAUUAUUAUUUAUAGUAAUAUUCCAAUUGAGCAAAUAAUAAAUUGACUAUAAAAAUAACAACAUGACUAUAAUUAAUAUGAAAACACUGUGCAAUUUUAUACGUCAUUGUUUUAUUUACAAAAAAAAAAAAUUUAUAUUGAUCGAAAAUUGGUGCGCAAACUCGUUUGAUGUCCUGGUUUUUUUAUGCAAUUUAGACAUAAUAUAAAAUAUUUACAAUAAAUAUUAACAAUAAACAAUUUAAACAAUUAAUUUUUGGGGAUUACAGUGGGCUCAUUGUAACCGAUAGAUCUUUUAUCGUGAGCUAUCCACAAGGGAGCGCUUUUAUAAAUUUAUAUAAAAAAAAACUUGGAUAAUCUUCUACAUUGUUUUUUCAUUGUCCAAUCGAUUCUGUAACAUUUUUUUUUUGUGUCGACACACCUGUGAUACGUCAUUAAUUAUAAAUAUUUCAAGUAAUAAAAUAAUUACGUUUAAAGUAAUAAAAAUACACAACAAUUAAAAGGAAAUCCGUCCAGUGAUUGUAUGUCUGAUAAAAAUCCAGAAAUGAGAGCAAACGCAGCAAGAAUAUGUCGUGAUUAUUUGACAGGUGUUUGGAAACAAGUUAAUGCUGAAAAUAUUGUUGUUAAUCACAUAAGUGGUGGACUUAGUAACUGGAUUUAUGAUGUACAAUUACCAGAAGGAAUUGCACCAGUUCGUGGUGAACCACGUCAAGUAUUAUUACGUAUUUAUGGACAAACACAUGGUGAAAGAGCAGUUGAAGGUAUUAUAACUGAAUCAGUUAUAUUUGCAUUAUUGUCUGAACGACAACUUGGACCAAAACUUCAUGGUGUAUUUCCUGGUGGUAGAAUUGAAGAAUAUAUACCAGCACGUCCUUUAUUAACAAAAGAACUUGCUGAUCCUGAAUUGAGUGUAUUAACAGCUGAAAAAAUGGCAGCAAUACAUCAAAUGCAAGUGCCAAUAAGUAAAGAACCAACUUGGCUUUGGAAUACAAUGAUCAAAUGGCUUGAUACUGCUCAAGAUGUACUUAAAAAUAUUGAUGAUAUUGAUCAACGACUUGUAGAUAAUAUUAAAGCAAUUAAAUCAGUAUCACUUGCUGAUGAAAUUGCAUGGUUCAAAAAUCUUGUAUCACAACAAAAAUAUCCAGUUGUUUUUUGUCACAAUGAUAUGCAAGAAGGAAAUAUUCUUCUUCGUCAAAAUUCAACAAAACGUGAACUUGUUAUUAUUGAUUUUGAAUAUUGUUCAUAUAAUUAUCGUGGCUUUGAUCUUGCUAAUCAUUUUGUCGAGUGGCAGUACGAUUACACAGCCAAGGAUUAUCCAUUUUAUCAUGAGAGAAAUAAUGCUGGACCUACUGAUGAACAAAAGCUCCGUUUUAUCAGAAGCUACUUGAAGACAAUGGGAAAAGAGGGAACACUUGAAGAGCAACGUUUGUUGGAAGAAAUUAAAAUAUUUUCAUUGGCAAGUCAUUUGUUUUGGAGUUUGUGGAGUAUUGUUAAUGUUCGUCAUUCACAAAUACCAUUUGGUUACAUGGAUUAUGCUGCAUCAAGAUUGAGAAACUAUCAACAGUUGAAAGAAAAAAUUAGCUCUGAAUCAGCUCGUUGUGGCAUCAAAAGAAAGGAGGAAAUAACAGACUGAGUAAAUUUCAUGAUUUUAUUAUAAAUAUAAAAUUUUGACAUUUACUUUAUCAAUUUAUGAUGACAAUAGAAUGUCUUUUUUAAAAUCAAGUGAUACGAUAAUGCUGGGAACAAAUGACGCAAAUAAUUGGGUCUCUUAUCCCAAAACGAAUGAAAAAACUUAAAAAAAUCUUAAAAAAAAAAUAAAUAACUUAAAUAUGUUUUACAAAAAAAAUCGUUGAAUGACGUUGCAUUUAACAACAAUUCUAUUAAAUAUCUAUCAACUACUUUUGAGAUUGUGAUGAAAAAAUAAUAACAAACAAAUAGUUAUUAUUUUUAAUUAAAUCUUUUAAAAAAGUAUGAAUAGAAAAAAGAAAAAAAUAACAAAAAAACGUCAAAUGAAAGAUGAAAUUUUGAGUUUAAAAAUUGUUUUGUUUUUACAAUUUUCAUUGAUAAAAGUGAUAGAGCAUCAAGUAUUAUUUGGAUUAUUCGUAUGAACGAAGAACUGAUUGAUAAAAUCUUGCUAUGCAAAGAUCAUCUUAACAGCAAAAUAAU